AUGAGUUAUUACUCGGACGAGGACGAGUACGAGUACCGCCGUUACAGGGGCCGCGACCCCUCCCCGGCACCUGUACACUAUGUUCAAGCACGGCCAGACCGGCCUCGCAGCCGGGGCUAUCCCCACGGGGUAGAUUUCCUCAACCCAGGGGUAACAGAGCGGACCAUGGCUAUCACCCGGGUGCGCGAACGCUCGCGGGAGCGGCGGAGCCCUCCCACGACCAUGAGCCCGCCCGCGGUGGUCAUGCCGCCCCAGCAGCAGCAGCCCGUGAUCAUCAAGCAGUACAACUCCAACGACCGGCACUCGUCGGACGACGACAGCAGCCUCAGCAGCCACCACCACCACCGGGGCCGGGGCCGCUCGCACUCGCACGUCUCGAUCAGGAGCUCGCACUCGCACUCGCGCGGCGGGUCGGACGCCUACAUGACGGUCGAGCGGUACGAGCUGGAGCGCAAGCUGGAGGAGCACCGGCGGCAGCUCGAGGCCCUGCGGCUGUCGUCGUCGUCCGCCGCGCACACCGACGCCGAGCGGUACGAGCUCGCGCGCCUGAAGCGCGAGCUGGACGACCUGCGGGUCAAGGAGGAGCGGGACGCGCAGCGCGCCGAGGACGCCGAGAGGUGGGAGCUGCGCAAGUCCAAGUACGAGCUGGAGGACCUGCGCUCCCGCGAGGCGCGCGAGGCCAGGGAGAAGGCGGAGCGGGAGCGCCGCGCCGCCGACUACGAGUCGUACGAGCUGCAGCGCUCCAAGAAGGAGCUGCAGGACCUGAAGGCGCAGCAGCAGCGGGAGAAGGAGGCGAUGGAGAAGAUGAGGGAGGCGAGGACCCAGGCUGAGCUCAGAGUGGCGAAGGAAGAACUGGACAGGAUCAAAAUGAUGGAAGAACAAGAGGCCGACGAGAAAAGAAUCCGCAAAGAGAUAGAGGCCAAAAUGAUCGCAGAGCAACGGAAGGCCGAGGAGGAAAAGAAGCAGAAAGAAAAGGACGAGGCCGCCGCGGUAGAGCGGUGGAAGGCCAGGGAGGCCGAGAAGGCGGCGAAGGAGAAGCGCGAGAAGGAGGAAGCCGAGCGCGAGUAUGCGAACCGGCUGGUGAGCCAGCUGCGGGCGUCGGGCCUGCCCGAGGACCAGAUCAGGGCCAUCCUCGAGAAGAAGAAGAUCAACCAGGGAUGGGCCUUUCCACCACGGCCAUUCCCGGGGCCGCCGCCGCCGCCGCCGAUGAUGCCACGGCCACCGCAGAUGUCCACGCAGAUGACAACGACUAAGACGACGUACACGAGGAUGGCCAGGCGGCAUCUCAGCUUGGAGUGCUUGAAGGUCAAAGGAAUCGACUUUGAGCUCGACUCGAACCCAGACUACGUGGUUAUCAAGCGCUGGGUGCCGCCAGAGGAGCAGAAGGAGCUCUGGUCGCUGACCAAGGUGAUCCGCGACGGGCGCGAGAAGGUGACGACGACGCUCGCGAUCGAGGACCGGGGGCACCACCACCACCGCCACAAGUCGGGCGACAACCUGGUCGUCGUGAAGAAGACCAAGCGCGAGCGCUCCAGGUCCCCGAGCGUCUCGACGCUCAUGUACCUGGCCGGCGCCAGGUGA